AUGAGAACGAAAGCGCCUUGCCAUAUCUGCAAGAAAGGACCAAUGGUUUUGAAUGAUCUAUAUAAACAUCGUCAUGUACACAGCUCUACUGAAGAGGAAGUAGAACAAGUGAAACUUGCUGUCAAGCGAGCCGUUUAUGGAGACGAAAUAUUCUGCGACAUAUGUGAAAAGCCAUAUUUUUCCAAUAGAAGUGUAAGGAUGCAUAAAAAGUUCGUGCACGAAAACACCGCGGAGAUGACUCAUGAAAGAAAUAUGAUCAACUGCCCAGGAUGUGCCGCAAACUUUCAGUCAAAUUUGGAUUAUGCCCGGCAUUGUGAAGCACAUCAUAAAAAUGAAGAUCCUAACCUCGUUGUGGUGUCAAACACUUUCGAAUCGUUUGGUUUAUUUGAGGAAUGGCUAAAGAAGAAAGAGAACGAAACAUGUUCCAAAGUCGUCAGAUGCUACGUACGAAAGAGCAGUUCCGGAAAUACGUAUGUUUACCUCUGUCAUCAUGCACGAGGGAAGGGCGAGGAUAUCGAUCCUGAGGAAUUCAAGCAGAGGUACAGGCAACACAAAAGAAUCAGGAAGCACUGCCCCUGCUUCGUCAAGGCUCAUUUGAACGGGCUUGGCACGGUGCAUGUCACUGCGUGCUUUGGACACUACGGCCACGCAAUAAGCAUGGCAGCUUUGCCCUUAUCAAAUGAGGAUGAAGGUGUGGUCAAAAAUCUGAUCGAGGCAGGAGUGCCGGCGCGAACAAUAGUGUCGAAAUUGCGUAGAGAGAACUGGAAUCCACGGCAGGACCCCGAAAGGCAAAUGCGAUUGUGUUAUUUGACAGCUACAGACAUUAGUAACAUUGCCGAACGCCAUCAUUUAAUAAAAGGAAAAUACACCUGCGACGACAGAACGUCUGUCAAAACCCUUGUGGAAAACAAUGAUGAUAUUGCAGCUUCGAAACUCAUUGAAACAAACAACCUCAGCGGGGACGGAUUUCUACUAGCUCGCUCACAGCGUCUAAGACAGCACUUAUCCGCCUUACCAACUGUGAGAGAACCGCUGAGAGAGAUUAACAACAACAUUGAGAACAAUAAUGCUGUGGCGACCGAAAUUCAUUCAAACGUCUUCUACCCGGCACCGGCAGUAGAAGAAUGCGAUAAAAUUAAAGAAGCGCUGCAAGAAGCAGAAGGGCUAAAAAAUCAAUUUGGAGAGUUGGCAAAGGCGUACGCAAAAUCAAAUUGUCUUGAUCUGAUAAACCAGAUGAACGAAUUCAUGAAGAACGGGCUGGGAGAAAUGCCCCAAGAAGCGCUCGAAAACCGUUUCGUGAGGAGGGCAGUGAUGCAGACCACCGGGGCUGGUCCCGCGCCGUCUCGUAUACAACCGAGUAUAAAACUUUAA